ACUCCACACAGUCGCUCAAUCGCUCCGGCGGCAUUCAGUUGUGUUGCCGGCAGCGCGAUUCCAUGGACGCCAAUGACGACGCUAGCGCCACCGGUAAUUAACGGGACAUCAUCCAACAACCGUCUUGCGGUCCCGAACUUCCACGGCGGUCAGGAUAGGAAGCACAGUCUCCCUUCGCAGCUGCAAAGGAGGCCGUCGCUCUCCGGAUACGCGGCGGCGAUAGAAACAGCCAGGGAAAAUGCACGCCGGCGAAAGUUGAGUCAGGUUGGACAGGUGGUCACUCACAGGCUCUCGACGACGAUAGGGUGGAAUGUGGCGCCAGUGUCGACGCAAGAGAUAACGGAACAGGCCAAGAGUCUAUGUGGACGUUAUUUAAGGGCGAAACUCAAGAGCUGUGGUCCGCUCCACAGAAAGUUGGGUCUGCAACGGUUGAAAAGUGUGACCAAUAUCGCCGCGGGUUACCCAACGACUGAUGUGUCGCACCAGUUGAGGAUGGUGUGUUCGGAGUUGGAGCGCACUUACCCUGACUUGUUUCAGACGGUGACGGGCAACAUCAGGUUACACGCACUUCCUACGCAAGAAGCUGCACAGAACGUACUGGAAGCUGUCGCGAGGGAGCUCUUCCGUAACGACAUCUCCUGGGGACGCAUCGUGGCCCUGUACUCAGUGUCCGGAGGCCUCGCCGUCGACUGUGUCAAGCUCGGUCACCCUGAGUAUGUUCUGGGUCUCGUCCAAGCCUUGGGACUCUUCGUCGAGAGAGAUCUCGCCGCUUGGAUCGGCCAACAAGGGGGAUGGACGGCUCUGGUGUCACGCUUCCGCAGCGAGCCUUCCUCGUCGACAUCCAUCGACUUGUUCCUGAUGGUCUCUGGUCUCCUAUUGCUCCUCCUCUUCCUAUUAUACUUUUGGCUAUCCUGACGACCACACUUUCUGCGCGCUGAAACUCGAGUCCUAUCCAUCCAAGUGUUCCUUCGAGACUCUCCGAGACCACAAACCCUUUCUCAAAAGUGAAAGUGUUCUCCCUGUUUCGUGCGGUUUGACUGCCCAUGCUCCACCCUGAGUGCCCUCUGAGUGACAAGACAGACGUGAAAUGCCAACAGGCCUCGAAGUGUACGACGUCGACGAUGUAUUGUGCACGUGAAAUGGUGUUACCGGUUACCAGCUUACUGUGAUUCCAAUCUUUCAAUGAAACCAGAGCGUUUAAGUUAUGUUGUAUAAGUUAUAGAGCUGUUACGUAAAUGGUAGUGUUAAUGGCAAUAAAGAGGAAUUAAAAAACAUC